CAGCACGGGGUGAUCGUGGCGGCGGAUUCCCGCUCGACGGCCGGGGUCUACGUCGCUUCGCAGACGGUCAAGAAGAUCAUCGAGAUCAACCCUUACCUGCUGGGCACCAUGGCCGGGGGUGCCGCCGACUGCAGCUUCUGGGAGCGACUCCUCGCCCGGCAGUGCCGCAUUUACGAACUCCGCAACAAGGAGCGGAUCUCGGUGGCCGCCGCCUCCAAACUCUUAGCCAACAUGGUGUACCAGUACAAGGGCAUGGGCCUCUCCAUGGGCACCAUGAUCUGCGGCUGGGACAAGAGGGGGCCAGGUCUCUAUUAUGUGGAUAGCGAAGGGAACCGCAUCUCAGGAACCGUCUUCUCGGUGGGCUCCGGUUCCGUCUACGCCUACGGGGUGAUGGAUCGCGGCUACUCUCACGAGCUCUCGGUGGAAGACGCCUACGAUCUGGCCCGCCGGGCCAUCUAUCAAGCCACGUACCGCGAUGCUUACUCGGGGGGCUCAGUGAACCUCUACCACGUCCGCUCGGACGGCUGGAUCCACGUCUCCAGCGACGACGUCGCCGGUCUGCGGGAACUGUUCUGCGACACGUCCGCCGAAGCCGUGGCCUGAAAGCGUGGACUAAAAUGAGGGUGGGUGGAGGGCAGCAGCCUGGGGUCUCUGUAAAGGCUGUAGAGUAUUUUCAGAACCCGUAAAGAAAUUGUAACCUCGACUGUUAACGGAAAGGGCGAGGCCGCAGAUAUUGUUGGAGGAACGUUGAACCGAUGUUUUAUGUAAUAAAAAUGUCCAGCUUCUUUGGAAUCAAA